AAAUUGUGAUUAGAGUAAGUAGUUUUUAGGACACAAUUACUGAAGUGGUAAAUUGUGAUUAGAGUAAUAUUAUUUUCAUAUAGCUUCGUCAUUGAUUCAUUAACACAAUAUUUAUUAGCACUAAUCUCAUGUUAUCACAAGAGUUGUAAUUUUUUUUGUAAUCCUUUUUUUCUUAUUGUUGGGUAAUUUUACAAACAAUAGAUGGACAAGGCGACCGUGCUUGCAGAGACGGUCUGGCAAGUAAGGGAGUUGAGGAAGACUGUUCCGGAUUUGGAAGGUGUUUGUGGUGGUAGCAGUAAGGAUUGUGUGUUCCCUGGAGGGGCUGACAAGUUGAGUUUGGAAAACGGUGACGGUGACAAUGACCAGGGGCUGGUCAAGGUCACAUUUAGCUGUGAGGAUAGGCCAGGGUUGAUAUCAGCCGUGGCAAGGACACUGAGGUCUAUGAAAGGGAGGGUGGUAAAGUUUGAGAUGGUAACACUAGGUGGAAGGACUAAAAGUGUGUUGUGGGUUCAAGGGCUGAGUGGGGGCAAUGAAGGGAUUGGAAUGCUAAGAAGAGCUUUGAAGGUGGUCAUUGACAGGCUCAACUUGCCAGGGAUUAGCAAGAGGUCACGGCUCGCUUGAUGAUUAUAAGUUUUUUGGGUCUGAGGUAAAUUGUGUGGAAUCAGGGAGGGGGGAUUGUAUCAAUUAUAAGACUGAAAAAAAAAUAUAUAAAAAAAAUAAAAUAAAUAAGGUUAAGAUUGUAGGUAUAGGGGAUUCAGACAUGGUAGCUAGCUAUAGGAUUUCAUUAGGAGGCAUUAUAAUGUAUAUCUGGUUUGACAUGGUUUAACUUACCAUAUACUUACCUUCGGUUAUAGGAAAAUACCUUUAGAUUAUACAUGAACCAUGAAGCCCACAGCUAUAAAGAUUCAUUGUUUAAAAGGCUAUGAUAAUAGAUUACUAAUGAAAAAUAUGCUAGUUUCUUAUUUUCAAUGAUUGAAUUUUUAUCUCUUGUUUCAAUCCUCCUUCCUUCUUUAUUUCAAAGUAAAGUAUUGUCAUACAAAACACACCCAUAUUUUGUUCUGGUAAAAAUUAAAAUUAAAUGUUCCAUGCUUUGUUAAUUUUAAGUUUGACAGAAAUCACCUUGAUAAAGAAUUGAAAAUUUAUAUUACUAUUAGAGGAGUGCACGUAUUUAUAUAGGGGGUUAAAUGUUUUUAUUACUAUAAUAAUUAAAUUGAGCAGAAAAAAAAAAAGUAUAAAUAAAAUAAAUAAAUAAA